GUGAUGUGGUCAUGCAGUUUCUGAAGGGAUCCGGAGCGGCGGUGGACUGAGACUUUCUACAGGCUGAAGGAGAUUGCUGGGGGUUUUGAUUAUGUUUGUAUUCAUUCUUUUAUCAGCUCUAGUCCUGUGUGGAUGUGCGCAAUAUUCCAGCGACCAGUGCAACUGGAGAGGAAGUGGUCUGACGCACGAGGCUCACGCGCGGGACGUGGAGCAGGUGCACCUGCGCUGUGCUGAAGGCUCUCUGGAGUGGCUCUAUCCCACAGGAGCCGUCAUCGUCAACCUGAGGCCCAACCUGGCGCCGGCGGACGGUCAGCUGCGCGCCUGCAUCAAGCCGCGGCCGGACUCGCGCGGAGCCACGCUGCACGUGGAGCAGACCGGAGCGCUGCGGCUGCUGCUGACGGAGGCGGAUCAGGCGGCUGGGCGCGUGCGCUGCUUCGCUCUGCAGGAGGGGGCGCUGUUCGUGGAGGCGCGCGCGCGGCGGGACAUCAGCCGGAGAAUCACAGCGUUUCAGUAUCGGCUGAUCUCCACACAGACGCCAGGAGACGAGCCCUACUCGCCUACAGCUGCAUGCAGGCCCUGUGCUGAUGAUGAGCUGCUGAUGGCGAUCUGCACCAGCGACUUCGUGGUGCGCGGCAGUAUUCAUCACAUGGAGGAGGAGGAGGAGGAGGAUGAAGAUCAGGCGUCAGUGGUGUUGUCGUUGAGUCACGUGUACAGUCAGAAGAGCCGUGUGUUCGUGUUCGGCGGCGGGGGGCGCGGGCGCGGCCGGUGGACGGGUCGUGUGAAGAUACCGCGGCGCUGCGGCCCGCGAGCAGCACAGGGCGAGCUCCUCUUCACAGGCGCGGUGCGGUUCCAGGAAGCAUGGCUGCGAUGUGCUGCUCUCUAUAGAGACUUCAUCAGACUGUACCGAGCGGCUCUGGACGCGGGGACAAACCCCUGCCACAUAGACACAGACUGAGAGACGCACAGACAGACCUCUGCUGGCGUUACAGGACUCUGGCUGAAUCUCAUCAAAACAUGCAUGCUUUUUUUGUUCAUGCCUCGGUCCGGGUCACAUUUUAUCCCAAAAUCCAAAGAAAUAAAUAAGAAACUAUAUUUAGGAUGCUUGUAAAUGAAAUUAGAAUUAUUUUAGAACCAGUUUACAUGAUUUUAAUAAUAAUUAAACACAUUGCCCCUCCAAAUUUCUCAUUACUGCAUUUCAUCCAGACACUUUUUUUAUUGAUUU